CUUCAGUAUUUUCACUAUUUCCCUUCUGAACCCCAAGUCUGUUAGACUGUAGAGAUCUGUUUCAUUGUUGACAGCUUUAGGGACCUCUUAUUUCUUGUCUGUAUGAUGAGAUACUUUGGAGUCUGGAAAACAGCUGUGUCCAAGGUGCCUGAGGAGGAAAGAAGCAGAAAUCAGACAAGUCCCAGGAGGUAGCCAGUUGGUAGACAUGUGAUGAAAUGGCUUAGGGAGUCAAAAGACCAAAGCCCAGGACUCACCUGCUCCCAGGAGGCAGAGGACCACACAGCAGAGGAGUCUGGAGCCCAUGGUGGAGACAGGGCCACCCAGCUUGGGAUUCUCAGAGUUCCUUUGAAAAUUUUCCUACAAACAACUCAUACAACAACAACAACAACAACAAAACCAAUUGAAAAAUGGUCAGAAGACCUAAAUAGACAUCUCCAAAGAAGACAUACAGAUAAGUGAUAUCACAUGGUAUUAUCUUUCUCUUUCUGACUUAUUCACUUAGUCUGAGAAUCUCUGGUUGCAUCCAUAUUGCUGCAAAUGGCAUUAUUUCAUUCUUUUUCAUGACUGAGUAGUCUUGCAUUUUAUAUAUGUACCACAUUUUAAUCCAUUAAUCAGUCAAUGGACAUUUAGGCUGUUUUCAUGUCUUGGCUAUUGUGAAUAGUGCUACUGUGAACUAGGGGUACAUGUAUCUUUUUGAAUUACAGUUUUGUUCAGAUAGAUGCCCAGGAGUGGGAUUGCUGGGUCAUAUGGUAGUUCUAUAUUUAGUUUCCUGAGGAACCUCCAUACUUUUUCCAUAGUGGUUGUACUAAUUCACAUUCUCACCAACUGUGGAGGAGGGUUCUCUAAUCUCCACACCCUCUCCGGUGUUUGUUAUUUGUAGAGUCUUAAAUGAUGGCCAGCCUGACAGGUAUGAGGUGGUACCUUGUUGUAGCUUUGAGUUCAAUUUCUCUAAUAAUUAGCCAUGUUGAGCAUCUUUUCAUGUGAUUGUUGGCCCAUGGCAUGUGGAAGCUCCCAGGCUAGGGGUUGAAUGGGAGCUAUAGCUGCCAGCCUACACCACAGCAACUCAGGAUCCAAGCCGUGUCUGUGACGUACACCACAGCUCAUCACAAUGCUGGAUUCUUACCCCACUGAUUGAGGCCAGGGAUCUAACCUGCAUUCUCAUGGGUGUUAGCCAGAUUUGUUUCUGCUGAGCCAUAAUGGGAAUUCCCAAACUAUUACAUUUAAAAUGGGUAAACUGGAGUUCUCAUCAUGGCUCAGAAGAAAUGAAUCUGACUAGUAUCCAUGAGGAUGCAGAUUCAAUCCCUGGUCUCGAUCAGUGGGUUAAGGAUAUGGCAUUGCUGUGAGCUGUGCAGGUCACAGAUGUGGCUCGGAUCCUGUGUUGCUGUGGCUGUGGUGUAGGCCAGCAGCUGUGGCUCUGAUUUGACCACUAGCCUGGGAAUCUCUGUAUGCUGUGAGUACAGCCCUAAAAAGACAAAAAUAAAUUUAAAAAAUGGGUGAACAAGGUCCUACUAUGUAGCAUGGGGAACUAUAUCCAAACGUCUUGGGUAGAUCAUGAUGAAAAUGAUAUAAAAAGAAUAUGCAGGAGUUCUUAUCAGGGCUCAGUGGUUAACAAACCCGACUGGUAUCCAUGAGGACACAAGUUUGAUCCCUGGCCGUGCUCAGUGGAUUAGAGACCCUGGCAUUGCUGUGAGCUGUGGUGUAGUAGUAGAGGUGACUCACAUCUGGUGCGGCUGUGGCUGUGCUGUGGGCCAGCAGCUACAGCUCUGGCUCAACCUCUAGCCUGGGAACCUCCAAAUGCCACAGGUGUGGCCCUAAAAAGACCAAAAAAAAAUGUUUAUGGAUGAGUCACUUUGCUGCAUAGCAGAAAUUGGCACACCAUUGUAAAUCAGCUAUACUUUAAUAAAAAAAUAAAUAAAAAGAAAAAAGGAAGGGGAUCAAAAAACCCACGGGAAGAAAAUUUCCUGCAUAUUGUUCUCCAUUAUUUCAUUUUAUUUAUUUUUAACACCUUUAUCAAGGUAGAGCUGAUGUGGAAAGAACUAUACACAUUUAGUGUGUACGGUAUGACGAGUGUGGACAGAUGCAAACACCCAUGAUCCCUUCCCCACACUCCAGAUAAUAUACAUACCUUAAUUAUUUUCUGUUUUCUUCUUCCUAGCAAAACCACCCUUCUUACCUGUCGGUCUUAGACAGCAUAGUAAAGGUGUGGUCCUCUUGCCUAAAACAAACAAUUAUUCUUGAGAGCCCACCACAUGCUUUUCAUUAUCCCCUCCCUUAAAAGUGGGAGCUAGAGGGCACCUUCCAGCGUUCACAGGUAAGCAAACAGUCUAAUCACCAUCCAUCUAUCUUGCUAGGAGUCCAGGUUUUCAAGCAACAACCAGGUGUUUCUUCCCAGCAUUUGAGAGCUUGCCUGAAGUCUCAGCUUCCCCAAGAACUGGUCCCAUGCUAUGUUCUGGUCGCCAAACAUCAAUUGACCGUGAAUCUAUAGAUGUGCCCUGAUAGCAAGGAGUUCUGGGUUGAAAAGACAAACACAACAAUAAAAAACAAAAUCUGUAGAAUAUACUGCUUUUUUUUUUUUUUGGUGUGUGUGAUCAUUUUAGAUGGUGAGAUAGAGCCAAUAGCAAGAUGAAGCACCUGAAAAAAGAUAAAUGUACAGUAUUUUGGCAAUCAUAAAAAUAGGAUAUGUGAUAUAUCUUUGUUGCUUAUCUAAAUACAGUCAUUAAGUUAUCAAAUAAAGUAACAACUUUAUUUUUUUCUUUUUACUUUUAGGCCUUUUUUUUUUUCAGGGACACACACGUGGCAUAUGGAGGUUCCCAGGCUAGGGGUCAAAUCAGAGCUCUAACUGCUGGCCUAUGCCACAGCCACAGCAACACAGGAUCCAAGCCAUGUCGGCAACCUAUAUCACAGCUCAUGGCAACACCAGAUCCUAAACCCACUGAGUGAGGCCAAGGAUGGAAACUGUGUCUUCAUGGAUGCUAGUCAGAUUCAUUUCCACUGAGCCACAAAGGGAACUCCAGUAAAAACUUUAAAUGGAGCAAAAUCUAUAAAAUAUUGAAUGGUUAUACUGUAUACUUGGAAAAAAAGUGAUAUUGUAAAACAUCUACCCUUCAAUAUAUAGAAAUAAAAUUAUGCAGUAUAAACUGUAUUCACCAGCAUUGAAAGGAUAUGUAGAAAAAAACAGUUAUCAUUCGAGGACCACCAGAGUUAGAGAAGGUUUUUUCAAAGAAAAGAGUUUAACCAGACAUUUAAGCUAUUUAACUAGUCCUAUACCAAUUCUUUUUUAAAUAGCUCUGCUAGGUUGUCUAAAAUGAGGCUAGCAUGUUUUUUUUUUUGUUUUGUUUUUGGCUUGUGUUUUUGCUUUUCAGGGCCACACCCAUGGCAUAUAGAAGUUCCCAGGCUAGGGGUCAAAUUUGAGCUAGAGCUGCUGGCCUACACCACAGCUGCAGCAACCUAGGGUCCGAGCUGCACCUGCUACCUACACCACAGCUCAUGACAAUGCCACAUCCUUAACCUGCUGAGUGAGGCCAGAGAUUGGACCCACAUCCUCAUGGAUGCUAGUCAGAUUCGUUUUGUGCCACAACAGGAACUAUCCAAUUUAUUUUUUUUUAAUGGCUCUGCUAGGUUUUCUAAAACGAGGCUAGUAUCUAGCUUCAACUAGUACUAUCUGGUAUGCUCUACUCUGCUAACAUGAAAGAACUUUUCAAUUCUUUUGACAGGUGUUCCUGCUACAUAAAGAGGGUAAGGGAGUCCAUUGGGCUGGAACAUCACUUACCUAGACUCUCCUGAGUACUAUUCUAAAACCCACAAUCUUCUGUUGGAUUUGGCCUCUAGUGACCACUUACCUUCUAACUAUGGCUCUGCUGAUUCUACCUUCCCAAGGGACAAGACUAAGAACAAAUGGUUACAACUCUAAACAGACAACUUCCUGAUUGAACACAAGGAAGAAUUUUCUAACUAAAUAGUUGAGAAGAUACCAUGACCUUCUCUUUCCAUAGAGGCUGGAUGACUUUUGUUGGGUAUAUUGUAGAUGGCGCUCAAGUGUCCCAGGGGCAAAAAGGUGCUUAAGCAUCUACUCUGUGCCUGAGACAGAGUUACAAACUGGGGAUUUAAACAUAAAAUGUUUUCUUCAGAGCUCAUAACCUAGUUGUCUUCAAGACAGGGUUAUCAAGUCUUGCAACAAAAUUCAAAAGUUCUAAUAGCGAUAUAAUCCCAGUGUUCGUAGGACCGGUGGGAGCAAGAGGCCACAUUUGGAGAGUCUCAUGAGACUUUAGAGAGUCUUCCGGCAUGAAAAAAAUCCAAAAGUUCAAAGACAAAGAGUUCAACUCUUUGAACACCUAUUCCUAGGACUCACCUGCUCCCAGAAGACAAAGGACUGCACAGCAGAGGAGCCUGGAGCUCUCAUCUGCAUCAGACAGGAUGGGACCUGGUGUCUUCCUGCCCAGGUUCUUGUCCUCUGAGUGCCUUUCCCUGGUCCUGAGAGGGGUUUUCUUGGAUAGUCACUACCCCUGUUAGUUUCUACAGCUCACAUUCUCUCUAUCCCUUUCAUGCCCUGUGCCAGCACUUCAAGAAGUGGGUUUGGGCUGUUUUGGCAGGAUCCAGUGUAUAUAGGCAGGGUCAGAGAACUGUAACCCCCCAGGAGGAUGGCUAUCAGUCUCAGAGGGAUGGAAAGAAGGCAGUAAGUUGGGUUCAGGGGUGACAGUAACACUUUACUAAGGAGUUGGGAUAUUAAAUGGGUAUUGACACAAAAACCCAAAGACAAGAGAAACUUAUUUCUUGGAGAUGAUGUAUGAGAUAAGGACUUCAUCACAGGAAAAUGGGACAGAUGAGAUGCUUGAAGAGAGGAGACAAGAGGCUAGGAGGAUGAUUGGCCAAGGUGACUUGAAGUUCUGUCAUUGGCCUUGAUAUCCUUGAAUUCUAUUUGUCUAGGAAUGGGAUGAUAUCUAAUGGUAAGUCCAAGCAGAGUUGGGUAGUAGCACUUAAGAGACUAAAAUGAUUGGAGAGCUACUUGGACAAGCCAGAAGAUUUUUACAUUGGAUAUACUCUUCAGUACCUGAUUCCGUCAUCUGUAGUGUUGAUUCUUCUCAGCUCCAGGUCAUUCGUAAAGCAGCUACUUGGCUUUCUGUGCUCUCAAGUCAGAGACCUCAGGGACUUUUUGCUACAUUUCCUAUGGGAUCUAAGCUAGAACUUUGGUGAAGAGUUGUUAACCAGCUGGGAAUCUACCUUGGAGUCCCACAUCAAGAGCAUGCGUCAAUGUCCUAACUGCAAAAAACAUCAUGGAAAUACUGUCAAGGACUUUGCUGAAAACAAGACACACACACACAUACAUAUAUGUAUGGAUGACUGAGUCACUUUGCUAUAGAGUAGAGUUGUAAAUCAACUAUAAUUUUAAAAAAAUUAGAAAUCUUCUUUAUAUAUCACCAAGUUGGAUUUAUUUAAGGAAGGUAAGGUUGGCUUUUUUAUAUGUAAUCUUUUUUUUUUCAUUAUAGCUGGUUUACAGUGUUCUGUCAACUUUCUACUGUACAGCAUGGUGACCCAGUUACACACACAUGUAUAGAUUCUUAAGAGAAUAUCUUACUUUUGCCUUUACUCCAAACAAUGUUUUAGGGAGAAAGGAAGAAGAGAGGAAGCUGGGGAUUCAGAGCCAGGAUACUAGAGUGACAGCAGUGCAGGAAAAAGGAGAGGCUGACACAUAAGGACAGUUGUACCAAAAGAGGUGCAAUGAUAGCAUAUUAGGAAAGAAACUUUAGCUCUGGGACCAGGGUUCUAGCCUUUAUCCAGUCACUAGUUGUUUUGCUUUUGCCUUUUUCUUUGUCUGUUAAAUUGGAAUUAUAGUAGGUGUCUUGUAGGUUUGCUUUGAGAAUUACUCAUUUAACAUAGGUUAAGUAUUUAGAAUAUGCCUAUUAAAUAGUAAGUUCAGAUAAAUAUAAAUUAUGCUCAUCUUCUCUUUUCUGUUUUGAUUUAUUGUGGUUUCUAACCAGAAUUUUUUUUUCUUUACUUAGGAUGUUUCUAUUAAUAAUGAAAUGUUAACAUAGAUAUACAGGCCAGAGCUACCCAAAGACAGAACCUCAAGUCAGCAGAAAGAAGGAAAUCAUAAAGAUCAAAGAGGAAAUCAAUAAAAAAGAGAUUCAAAAAACAAUAGAAAAAAAAUCAAUAAAAUCAAGAGCUGGUUCUUUCAAAGGGUAAACAAAAUUGACAAACCUCUGGCCAGACUCGCCAAGAUGUGAGAAAGAAAUCAACCAAAAUAAGAAAUGAAAAAGGGGAAAUCUCAACGGAUAUUGAAUAUAAAAACCCAUAAGAGAAUACUACGAACAAUUAUAUGCCAACACAUUUGACAACCUAGAAGAAAUGGACAACUUUCUAGAGACAUACAGCCCUCCAAAACUGAAUCAAGAAGAAAUAGAUCAACUCAACAGACCAAUCACUAGAAAUUAAACUGAAUAUGCCAUAAAAAAACACUCCCUACAAACAAAAGUCCAGGACCAUGGCUUCACAGGUGAGUUCUACCAAACAUACAAAGAAGAAUUUAUACCCAUCCUUCUUAAACUUUUAUAAAAGGUUGAAGAAGAAGAAAUACUCCCAAGGAUAUUCUAUGAAGCCACCAUCACCCUAAUACCAAAACCAGACAAAGAUACUACCAAAAAACUAAUAAUUGUUAAAGAGGCAAUGUUAAUUAUAUACCAAAGGUGUAACUUUCAAAACAGUACUUGGAGUACAAGUUCACAUUUGGGACAACCGAAUGCCUAAACUUUCUGUCUGGGAAUAAGGACACUUGUGGCCUGCCCGUGACCUUCUUCCAUCUUAUUUUCUAUUCUGAGGAACACAGCCCACCAGGGAAAUCACACUUCUGGCACCUGUGGCCUUGGGUGUCUAUGAUAAACCUGGCUGUUAAAUAGCUGUGGAUGGAACCCCUUCAACCCAGUCUCCAGCCCAGAACCACUGAGGAACCAUGAACACCUUUGUCUUGCUUGCGCUCCUGGGAGCUGCUGUUGCUUUCCCCACGGAUGAUGAUGACAAGAUCGUCGGGGGUUACACCUGUGCAGCAAAUUCCAUUCCCUACCAGGUGUCCCUGAAUUCUGGCUCCCACUUCUGUGGUGGGUCCCUCAUCAACAGCCAGUGGGUGGUGUCUGCUGCUCACUGCUACAAGUCCCGAAUCCAGGUGCGUCUGGGAGAACACAACAUCGACGUCCUUGAGGGCAAUGAGCAAUUCAUCAAUGCCGCCAAGAUCAUCACCCACCCCAAUUUCAAUGGAAAUACCUUAGAUAACGACAUCAUGCUGAUUAAACUGAGCUCACCUGCCACUCUCAACAGUCGAGUAGCAACUGUCUCACUGCCAAGAUCUUGUGCAGCUGCUGGUACCGAGUGUCUCAUCUCUGGCUGGGGCAACACCAAAAGCAGUGGCUCCAGCUACCCUUCGCUCCUGCAAUGCCUGAAGGCUCCCGUCCUAAGUGACAGUUCUUGCAAGAGUUCCUACCCAGGCCAGAUCACCGGAAACAUGAUCUGUGUCGGCUUCCUGGAGGGUGGAAAGGAUUCUUGCCAGGGUGACUCUGGUGGCCCCGUGGUCUGCAAUGGACAGCUCCAGGGUAUUGUCUCUUGGGGCUAUGGCUGCGCCCAGAAAAACAAGCCUGGGGUCUACACCAAGGUCUGCAACUAUGUGAACUGGAUUCAGCAGACCAUCGCUGCCAACUAAAGAAUUUCAUUUCUUCAUGACUCUUCCCUUUAGUCAUCUUCACCUUCCUCCCAUCCUGCGAACAGCAUCUAAAUAAAAACAUUUUGACCUGUACCAGCAUCUAAAUAAAAACAUUUUGAGCUGUACCCA